AUGAAGAUGAAAGGCAUAGAUAUCUUCUGUGCAUCCCAAGCUUCAACAGCCAUAUGUUUGAGCAUGGAUCAAGCAUCAUCCUCCUCAUCCUCAUCAAUCAUUCAACUUGGUGGCAGAGCAAUCGACCGCCACAACCCCAUUAUCAAAGAUGCAAGAAGAAGCACAAGCGCCAGAACUCUGCCCAUUGCUCCAUGCUCUUCUUCUCAGUCGCCAAUCAAUCCCAAGGCUUACCAUCAACUCCAAAAGAGCAAGAAGAAAAGCUCCUCCUCCUCAUCAUCAAGACCAAGCACUGACCAUCACCAAACCAAGAAGAAGAGCUCCUCUUUUAGCUCCACAAAAGAAAAUGACCAGAAGAGGAAGAGCAGUGCUUCUAAUCCCAAGCCAGAUGAUAAUGUUAAGAAAUUCUCCUCUGUUCCAAGUGAGAGUGUUACUAAGAGCUCUGCCAACCCAAUUGAUCUCAUCACCCCUCCUGGCUCCUCCAGAUACCUUUUGAGUGACACUGUGUACUUUGAUGGGUUAUCUGAUUAUGAUCCAGUUUUGGCAUUGGUUCCAGUUGGGCACAAAAAGAACCCAGCUACAGUGCUGAACCAAGAAAAUCAAUCUGCCAAUAAUUCUUCAACAGGCUCUUCCUCAUCUCUGUCAAAACCACAACCACCACCACCACCUCCUUCCAACCAGGUUGUAGUCUUAAGGGUGUCCCUGCACUGCAAAGGCUGUGAAGGAAAACUGAGAAAACAUCUCUCUAGAAUGGAAGGAGUGACAUCUUUCAACAUAGACUUUGCAGCCAAGAAGGUGACAGUCAGUGGAGAUGUAACCCCAUUGAGUGUCCUUGCCAGUGUCUCAAAGGUGAAGAAUGCUCAAUUUUGGCCAACAGUGUCUGCAUCAUCUACCUCACCAGCUUGUCCUACCAAACUAGAGGCCAAGAAAUAA